AUGGCAGGCCUCGAGGGCGGAGGACCUCGGACGGUGGUGUUGGUGUUGCUACUGUUGCUGUGCCAACUUACUUACACAUUUGGAGCAGGCGCCGCCACAACAUUUGACAACAUAGCAACUGAUGGCAGUACUCGCGUCAGUAUUGCUGAAAACACCGGAACAGGGGCCUCAGUGUUCGGUAUCCUAGCAACUGACCCGGAAGCAGACGCCCUGACCUUUACACUGACCACUACGUCAGUGCCCUUUACACUUGUGGGUCAACAGCUGCAAUGCGUUGCAUCCAUUCAAAGACUUCCGUACUUCAGAGUAAGUGAUGGAACCUCGACAACAACAGGAGCCGUGAACGUGGACGUUACCGACCUCAACGACAACUUGCCAGUGAUUAGCGGAGCCACGGUCAUCGCCAUAGACGAGAAACAAAACGUUGGAACUGUCGUGCCCUUCACAUAUACUGUAACAGAUAACGACGCCGGAGACACUCUGUCCUACCAACUGACAGGAGUCCACGCGACCUACUUCACUAUCGAGAGCAACACUGGAACUAUAAAGACUUCGCAGAAACUGGACAGAGAUGCUUCGGGUGCAAUCAAAGUUUUUGACCAGCUGACCUUGACGGUGACCGACAGUGCUGGUCAGCCCACUACCGGGACAUUGAGUGUGACGUUGAAUGACAUCAACGAUAACACCCCCACAUGCACACCGUCUGCAUUCUUCGCCGAUGUUACAGAGAACUCUCCCGUCGACACUACCGUCGUUGCUUUAACGUGUACCGACGACGACGCCUCCCCGAACAGUGAUAUGACAGUGACCAUCGUCAGUGGAGAUGAUGCCACCCAGAAGUUCAAGGUCACUGCCAUGAACAUUCUGACGACGGCAACAGUGACGGACUUCGAAACGACGACGUCAUACACCCUUGUCGUCAACAUUGCCGAUGGUGGAGCAACGCCGAACGUAGCCACAGCUACAGUUGUUGUUUCUGUUCUACCAGAGAAUGAAGGCACACCGGCAUGGGGAACGUUCGUGCCUGCGUUCGUAUCAGGAACACCGUAUCCCGUGUCAGAGAAUGCCAACGUCGGUACAUCUGUUGUUACCAUAGCAGCAACAGAUUCAGAUGCUGGGAAUGAUGGCACAAUCACGUACACACUGGUGACAACAACUGGAGCUGGUGUAGGCACUGUAAGCGGGAUUUUCCACUUGGAUUCCGUGUCAGGGAAAAUCUCAACAACUGCGUCCCUCGACCGUGAAUCGGUUGCAUCUUACGAUGUGACAGUUCGAGCAUCUGAUGGAGGAACUCCUGCUAAGACAGUAGACCGAACAUUCACAAUCUCAGUAGCAGAUUACAACGACAAUGGGCCCGUCUUUACAUCAGCCCCAUAUUCCAACUCUCCUCUGGAAACUGCAACGACAGCAGGUGCAACAAUAGUAGCAGUAGCGGCAACAGAUGCUGAUGCAACGUCAACCUUGGCAUAUGCGAUAGAGUUUGGGGACACUACUAGAUUCCAGUUCGGUGCAUCUGGUCUUGAACUGAUAACUGCAAUCAACCUUGACAGUCCAGCCAAUGACCCUGACUACUAUGUCCUCAGGAUCAUUGUGACCGAUGGUGGAACACCGGAGCUGACUGGAACGACGUCUGUGACGGUAUCCGUUGUGGCAGUCAAUGACCACGAUCCUGCAUUUGCUGCUGGCUUCCCAUCAACUGUCUCGUUUGCAGAGAACACCGCAGUAGGGACAGUAAUUGAUACUGUGGCCGCCACAGAUCUUGAUGCUGGCAUCGACGGACAGAUUACAUAUUCUAUUACAAUGACUGCUAGUGAUGGCGGAGGCACUGUGAGGUCGGCAAUAACAACAGUGACAGUCACAGUUACCAACAUCAACGACAACUUGCCUUCCUGUGCUUCAUAUGCGGUUUACGUGACUGUGCUUGAGAGCAGCAGUGUCAAUGAUGCGGUGUCCACACUGACGUGUACAGAUGCAGAUGCGAGUGACGUCCUAUCGUAUACAAUCACAUCAGGGAACGGUGACGGAAAAUUCGCUCUCAAUGCUGCCAGUGGUACUAUAACGCUGGCUGCAACUGUGGACUACGAUUCUGCCACAACAUCUUACACCCUGCAGAUACAAGUCAGUGACGGGACCAACUCCAGGACUGUCACUGUUUACGUAAGUGUCGGUGCUGUAAAUGAAGCCACGCCCACCUUUGCAACACCAUUCCCUGCAGUGUCUGUAUCUGAGAGUGACUCUCCUGGAACUACAGUCCACACCUACACUGCCGCAGACUCCGACUACGUUCCCCACGCUGUCACAACGUAUGCUAUCAGCACUGUAACCCAAGGAGGCCUGUCCCUGUUCAGCAUAGACCCGUCCUCUGCUGUCAUCACCCUGGCCUCCAGUGUGGACUACGAUGCUCUUCCUGCUGGCACCAAGUUCUAUCUCCUCACCCUCACAGCUACAGAUGGCGGCGGACUUCAGGGGACUGGCACGGUAACAGUCAGUGUGACAGACGUCAAUGACAACAUCCCCUCCUGCACUCAAUCCAGUUGGUCCCAGAAUGUUGCAGAGGAUGUCGCUACAUUUCCAACGACACUUAUUGCAAGUUUGGGAUGCUCAGAUGUUGAAGAUGGAACAUCACUGACCUACACUCUUGUGCAAAGUCCAGGUUCUCACUUCGGCGUAACAGCAGGCGCUGUAACAAUAACAAGUGCUGUUGAUUACGAGGCAAACACUGGCCAUACUUUGACCAUCACAGUCUCUGACACCGGAAGUCCUGUACAGUCAACAACAGUCACUGUUAACAUCAACGUUGUCAAUGUCAACGAUGGCCCACCAACAUUUACUGGAACAUUUUCCGCCACCAUUGCUGAAGACAGCGCCAUUGGGAUAUCCGUUGCUGAUGUUGUAGCCACAGACCCUGAUGGAAAUAAUGCUUUUGGAAGUCCUGUUUAUUCUAUUCAGGGUGGUGACCUCAGUAAUCAGUUUAGCAUAGAUUCAAAUACAGGGAGAGUGUCGACUAUUGCUAACUUGGACCGAGAAACAAAAGCUAGCUAUGAUCUCGUCAUCAAAGCCACGGAAAGUGGAGACAUUGGGACUGCCACAGUUACACUUACUGUAACAGUCACAGAUGUAAACGACAAUACACCAUCUUGCUCUCAGAAUUCCUUCGUUGUGACAGUCAGUGAAGCCGAGGUCGCCGGAUUCGGUGUCAACACAUUCACGUGUACUGAUGCUGACACUACUGGAACUGUAACAUACACCUUGUCAACUGGAAAUACGAUCAAGUUCGAAAUGAGUUCAAAUAUUCUUCAGUUGAAGUCACCCCUUGACUUUGACUCUGGUGUGACAAAAUAUGAUGUAAUUGUUACAGUAUCUGACACCACAAAUAGCGUGUCUAUCCCCGGAACAAUUCAUGUUGGAAACGUCAAUGAGGCUCCGCCAGUGUUUUCACCAGUGAUAUAUCCAGUAUCCCACAGUGAGAAUCUGGCACUGGCCUCCACAAUAGCACAGGUAACUGCAACAGAUGCAGACUCCGCCUCCACUUCAGAUGGACAAAUCACGUAUGCCUUUGUAGCUUCGUACCCUUUGUUUGCGCUGGACUCAACCUCAGGCGUCAUCACGCUUGUGUCAUCACUGGACAGAGAGACGGAUGCAACUCACGACCUCCUGGUUACAGCAACAGACGGAACAACCACAGUAACUGCCACUGUCAGUUUGACCGUCACAGAUGAAAAUGACAACACUCCUGUGUUUGGUUCUGGAUCGUACAGUGGCAGUGUGUCUGAAGCGGAUGCUGUUGGAGCUAGUGUCGUGGUCACCGUUGCUGCAACUGAUACUGAUGACCCUGCAACUGGAGGAAAUGGACAAGUAACAUACUCGAUUAUCGGUGGAAAUACGAACAGUGACUUUACGAUCGAUGUCAGCAAUGGCGAGAUAAGAACAGCCAAGUUGUUAGACUAUGAGACAGCUGUGUCCCACUCUCUGACAGUGAAGGCAGUCGACAGAGCAGGGGAUGCACAAUCCAAGUCCGCUACCACAGUUGUAUCAGUUACAGUCACUAAUGUGAAUGAGCAUAACCCAGUGUUUACCCCAACAACUAUCAUCAAGUCAGUCCCUGAAAACACAGCUAUUGGGACGCUCAUCCAUCAGAUCCUUGCAACGGAUGCCGACAGUGGCACAGAUGGAGAUCUGACUUACUCCAUGGCAACACACGCCACAUUUGCCCUUGCAUCUGAUGGUGCUCUCACCCUCAAAGAUAAUCUUGACUUUGCAACUGCCAGUACAUACUCACUUACUGUGACAGCAACUGAUGGUGGAACACCAGCUAGAAGUUCAGACGUCACUGUGACAAUCAACGUCGUUGACGACAACAACAACACACCAACAUGCUCCCCUAGCUCCACGACUACCAUUCAAAGAGAAGACUACACUGGCAAUGUAGCUACUUUGACAUGCACAGACCUGGACACAGGAGCAAGUGGUACACUCUCCUACAUUAUAGAAUCCGUGAAUGCUGUUGCUGGGAGUGGUUCGUUUUCUGUUGAUGCGAGUGGUGUUGUUUCUACAACAGGUUUGGAUUAUGAAACUGCCACUUCACAUUCAAUUAUAAUAAGAGUUGAGGAUGGUGGUGUUCCUGCCCGAACAACAUCAGCUACAGUCAUUGUGUCAGUGACAGACGUCAACGAGGCUGCUCCAGCAUUUCUUGGAACGCCAUUCAACCCUUCUAUGGCAGAAUCAGAGGCAGUAGGAUUUACAAUACUUGCAGUGACUGCAACUGAUGCUGACACUGCAAAUAGUGUUACAUAUUCCCUGACAGACACAACGAACUUAAUCAUAGGAUCUGCCACCGGAGUAAUAACUCUGAAGGUUCAACAAGACAGAGAAACCAAUCCAACUGUGAUUGUUGAUGUAUGUGCUACGGAUUCAGGCACAGUUGAUGCAAUCAAAUCAACGUGUGAAACUUUGACACUCACUAUAACAGAUGUCAAUGAUAACCUGCCAGUGUUUAAUCCAUCAACAUAUACAACAAACGUUGACGAGAACACACCCACAGGGACGACUGUGAUUACAGUAACAGCAACAGAUGCUGAUGCUGCAGGUUUUGGAACUAUUACCUAUUCCAUAGAAAGUGGCAACACGGGCACUGUUUUUAGUAUUACAGCCGGUGUUAUUACAAUUACUGACAACACUGGCUUGAACUUUGAGACGACCCAACUCUUCACUCUCACAGUGAGGGCCACUGAUGGUGGGGGACAGACAAGUGACGUCAUCGUGUCCAUAUCUGUCAAUCCUAUCAAUGAAAAUUCUCCAACGUUCACCCCUGCUUCAAGCACAGAAACUGUCCCUGAGAACAGUGUAGUGGGGCACGUUGUUAUUGACCUUGAUGCCACGGAUAAUGAUUCUGGACCAGAUGGACAAGUAACCUACAGUAUCAUAUCAGGAUCACUUGGGAAGUUCAUAAUUGAUCCAUCGACUGGCGUCGUGACUGUAAGCGACGUACUUGAUGCUGAAUCUGUGUCAUCAUACACUGUUACAAUCCAGGCAACGGAUGCUGGAACUAAUCCAUCACCCCUGAGUGGUACCUACAUCCUAACGGUGUCAGUGACUGAUGUGAAUGAUGCAACACCAUCUUGCACUCAGGCAUACUACGCAACUGCCAUAACGGAAUCAACAGCGCCAACAACAUCCGUUCAACAAAUUGUGUGUUCAGACUUAGAUAUAAACGCUCCUAACAAUGUGCUCAGUUAUGCCAAGAUUGCAGGGGAUCCAGGUAACCUGUUUGAUGUGGAUGCUUCUACAGGACUGGUCUCUGUUGCUGCAGCAGCAUCCUUUGAUAGGGAGACGACUGCGUCAUACCUUCUGAAUGUUACUGUCACAGAUGGUGGAGCCACAGCACUUUCUGCAGUCAUCCAUGUCUUUGUCAGCAUCACAGGAGAUGUAGUGUACUUCAUAUCAACAGGAAAUUCACUGGGCCACUUUACUGUGGACUCUGUGACAGGAGUAGUGUCUGUUCAGGCAUCUCUUGACAGGGAGUCAUUAUCUUCAUAUGUUUUGGAAGUAAGGGCCCAGGACAAAGGGACCCCCACAAGUCUUACUGGAACGUCUACUGUCUCGAUAACUGUAACUGAUGUCAAUGACAACUAUCCUCUUUGUACCUCAUCUGUAUACUCUGGCAGUGUACCAGAAGAUGCUGCUCUAUCCACGUCUGUUACCACUGUGUCCUGUCCGGAUGCUGAUGUUCCUCCUAACAAUAACGUUGUGUACACAAUCACAGCAGGCAACACUGGUAGUGUAUUUGCUAUUGGAUCUACAUCAGGAGUGGUCACAGUCAAUGCAGGUCUUGAUGCAGAAACACUGAGUGCGUACAGCCUCACAGUACAAGCUUCAGAUGGAACCCUUACUACCGAUGUCAUUGUAACAGUCACAGUAUCUGAUGUCAACGAGCAUGACCCAGUCUUUGCUCCACCCGGACCCUAUUCCGAGUCAUUCAGUGAGGACACAGCUUUAGGAACUACGAUAAAGAACAUUAAUGCAAAUGAUAAUGAUAUUUCCAAUUCUGUUCUAUCAUUCAGCAUAACUCUAGGAAACGCAGAUAACAAAUUUUGGAUCGAUCCAACAUCGGGGACUGUUGUUCUUCAGGGGGCUCUUGACCGGGAAACCACAGACACAUAUUCCUUGACAGUAGAAGUUGCUGAUGGAACAGGAGCUGGAAGUCGCACAGCAACAACUCAGCUGACAGUUUUAGUCCUUGAUGUAAAUGACAAUGAUCCAAUUUGUGCUCCUUCCAAUUAUAUCAACACACUACCAGAAGAUUCCAGUAUUGGAACAACUGUUAGUAGUCUAACAUGUUCUGAUGCUGAUUCCUCUACCCCCACCCUGGCUUACAGUAUCACAACGGGCAAUGGAGAGGGUAAAUUUACCAUCGAUGCUGCUUCUGGGGUGGUUACCAUAUUUGCGUUGCUUGAUUAUGAAACUACAACUUCCUACAACUUGGAAAUUCAAGUAUCCGAUCAAGGGGGUACUGCACGAGUUAUCACCGUUCCUGUAACUUUAGAUGUGACACCUGUAAAUGAAGCAGCUCCAGUAUUUACUCCAGUUACGCCUGUACCUAUUCAGGAAGAUGUCUCUAUAGGAUCUGUUGUGUACACAGUAACAGCUACAGAUACCGAUAAGGGUUUACUUCAUGGAACGGUUAGGUAUUCAAUACCAUCUGGCAAUGAUCUUGGUCAUUUUAGUAUUGAUGAAGGAACGGGAGAAAUUAAAACUGUUGGUAAUUUAGACAGAGAAAGCACUACCUCAUACACUUUGAGAAUCCGUGCCACUGAUGACUUUGCUAGUUCAGGGGCUGAGCGUAGUGCUGAGGUGGAUCUCAGUAUAACAGUUGGUGAUGUGAAUGAUAACAUCCCUGUGUUUGUACCAAUCCUCUACAUCAAAGAUGUUCUUGAGACAGCUCCAAGUGGAUCUACAGUUGCAGUUGUGACUUCCCGAGAUGAUGAUGAUGUUCCAAAUGCAACACCCGUGUACUCCAUUGUUUCAGGAAAUACGGGAAGUGUAUUCAACUUUGUGGCAAACGAACUUCUCUCAAAUGCAGCCUUAGACUUUGAAACUUUGACAAUGUAUGAUCUUGUCAUACAAGUUUCAGAUAGUGGAACACCACCAUUGACAUCAAAUGGCAGAAUCAUCAUAAAUGUACUAUCCCAAAACGAGUUUGCUCCGAUUCCUGCUGUCCCCAAUGAUAGCAUCACAGUGAGCGAGCUAAUCCCAGUAGGAACCAACUUCUACAAUGCAAGUGCUGCAGAUGGUGAUUCAGGAACUGAUGGGGAAUUCUCUUGGAGUAUCACAAAUGGAAACAUCCCUGAGCUUUUCUUCUGCAGUCCACAGUUAGGAGAACUGUAUACAUCGUCCGUUCUCGAUUACGACACACCUCCCAACACUCACAACAUUACCGUUGAAGCACAAGACAAAGGUGGUCUGACCGGGUCAUUCUGGCUUGAAAUUGUACUUCAGGAUGAAAAUGAUGAGUAUCCAGUAUUUACUAAAUCUAUAUAUACUCCUCUCUUGAAUGAAAAUGUAGCGAUUGGUCAGUCAGUAGAAACGGUAACCGCCAUUGACAAAGACUCGGGUACAAAUGGUCAAGUUACAUAUUCAAUAACAUCUGGAGAUGGACAAGCAUAUUUUGCAAUUGACUCCUCCAGUGGUAUUAUUACAACAACACAGAACAUCGACUAUGAGACAAAACAUGUUUUCUUCCUAAUUCUACAAGCAAUAGAUGGUGGAACGCCUGCUCUAUCUACUGUUGGAGUCGUCAGGGUGACGGUUGUUGAUCUUAACGAUAAUGCUCCUACAUUUACACCUGACUUCUUUACUCAAAGUCUGUCAGAAGAUGCUACUUUGGGAACAAGUGUGACGACUGUCUAUGCCACAGACGCUGACUCAUCUGCUAACAAUAACAACGUCUUCACCUACAGUCUCACUGAUGCCUUUUUCGAAGUCAAUACAGGAUCUGGGCAAAUAUCUACAAAAGCUUUGUUAGACAGAGAAACUAUUCCCAGCCACAAUUUAACAAUUUUGGCCAUCGACCAGGUAACACCAGCUAAUACAGGAACAGCAGUUGUGACAGUCAACCUCCUCGAUGUAAACGAUAACAAACCUAACAUCACGGGAAGUUACUCAACUAAUCUGAGUGAAGACAUAAGUUCUGGAACCAUUGUCUUCACUAUUGCAGCCUCUGACAUAGAUAGUGGUGUGAAUGCUGAACUUGUGUUCUCUAUCGAGUCUGGAAACACUGAUGGAGAUUUCAAGAUUGAAAUUGGGAAGUGGUAUUGUUCAAGUUCAGAAUUCACUGGACAGGGAGAGAACCGCCUCCUACAACCUCGUCAUCCAUCGUCCCAUUUUGUCCUCGACCUUUCAUCUGGAGUGAUCACUACAGCAGGGAAUCUGGACCGAGAAACUAUUGACACAUACAGUUUCAGAUGUCGUGCCAAAGAUGGUGGAACUCCUCAGUUAACUGGAGAUGUUAAUGUGACCAUCGUGAUUGAUGACUUAAAUGAUAACCCACCUGUCUUCAACUCGUUACGGUAUACAGGAUCUGUAAAUGAAAACACAGCAGCAGGAACGAGCAUAUUAACUGUUACAGUCACCGAUGCAGACGCCCACAAUGGUGCCAUAACUCUGUCAAUCGAUACUUCAACUCCUGAAGGGGUCAGAGGUGACCAGUUCCUAACAGUUGAUUCUGCCUCAGGUAUUGUAAGUGUCAAGUCAGUUAUGGACAGAGAGGUGGACGUGGACUUCAAUGUAACCAUUUUAGCAGUUGACAAUGGGACAGUUCCCCUGACUGCUUCAGCUGUGGUGUACAUCACAGUUAUCGAUGAAAAUGACAAUGCUCCUGUCUUCAGCUCUACAUUUUACAACACUGAGAUUGCCUACACUGGCACCUGUGACAACACUAUUGUGACUCUUACUGCCACUGAUGCUGAUUCUGGAUUAAAUGGACAGGUGUUCUACGUCUUUUCCCAGAACCCUUAUGGAUUUUUCUUUGCUGUUGGUGCCAGUUCAGGUGUUGUGACGCUACAGACCCCAGUAUCAGUCAACACCAAGUAUGUUCUGGAAGCCUCGGGGAACGAUGGUGGUGUUCCUUCACAAUCAACCAGCCCGGCAGCAUCAAUUCGGGUGGAUACAUUCGACCCCAAUACAGUGGCCGUCGUUAUCAAACUUGGCAUAAGCAAAACAGAUUUCCUCCUCAGACAGGAUCAGUUUGUGUCCCAGUUCAAGGCGGUGAUGUCAUCCAGAUAUCCUUCAUGUCUGGUACGGAUCUGGUGCAUCACGGAGAGGUCAGGCGAGACGGCAGUAGCAGCACCAACACGGCGGAGACUCCUCACCUCAAGUCCAGUCGAUAUCAGCCUCGUGGUUGUUGCGGACAACUCGACUGAGUCGGCAAGCAACCUAGCCCAAGGCAAGACUUUCGUUACUUCCAGUGAUGUCACCAGUGUUGUUGCAUCUGACCCGUCCGGGACUCCAUCACCAGCACUGCAAGGGUCAGCUUGGGACUACUUUGUCAUCCAGAACGCCGGUCCCUUCUCUGAGACUGUCACCCCCUGGCAUCAGACAACAGUCGGUAUCGUCUUCAUCGUCAUUGCCAGCAUCCUGGCUGCUGUGCUCAUCGGCACCGUCAUCUUCGCCAUCCUCUGGUACAGGAAGAAGAGAAGACCGAUAACACCGACAAAACAGCCCGAGAGAAAAGAACAGAAUCAGAACAGGUUCUUCCAAACUAAACCAACUGUCCCAGAUCUUGACGUGAAGAAAACGAAGCAGUAUCCACCGGCUGCGUUUGCCGCUGUUCCCAGGACGCCGCCCCGGAUGGAGACGGCUGAGGAAGAGUAUUUCCGCCCCAUGGAGACAAGAAGAACGUACAGUAACGUGAGUCCUCCGCGAACACCUCGCACUGUGCUGCUGUCUCCCAAACCAGCCGACCACAUCGUCAUCAGCAGACAGUUCGACGGAGCAGCUGUGGAUCCAGGCCAGCCAGCGAUCACAAAUCCCAAGGCCGAUGGUACGAGUGAAGUGACUGUUCCAGAGAACACGACAGUUGGGACUGUGGUCUUCACAGUAGACCCUACUCCUGGUGUGGGGAUAACGUGGACCUAUACCCCGACCCCUGCCGCGGCUCCCUUCGACAUCAACAUCGGCGGCAGCGUCACUUUAUCAGGGACCGUUGACUACGAGUCUACCAAAUCAUUUGUAUUGACCAUUCAGGUGACUGAUGGGAGUGGGUCCACCGACAGAGUCCUCACUGUCUUCAUCAGCAACGUGUACGACGUCAUCCCGACACUCACUGCCCCCUCGCCCAUUCCCUCUAUACAGGAGGAGUCGACUGUGGGGACCAAUGUGGCAACGUUCACGGCAACGGACUCGGAGAUAUUGGACGGGGAUAAGCUAUAUUUUUCGUUAUUAGGCACAGACACCAAGUAUUUGCAGAUAGACUCUAUCACCGGUACAAUUACUAUCAGGGACCGUAUCGACUAUGACGUGGGGCUCACCUCGUUAGACGUCACCGUGCAGGUGACAGACAGUGGGGGCAACACUGCAUCACAGGCCGUCACCUUCCCCGUCACCGACAUCAACGACAACAGUCCGAUCUGCUCACCGGACUCCGUCUUUGUCACUAUACCAGAAGGGUCAGGAGGAGGUACUACUGUAGGAGCAGUAUCCUGUACAGACGCUGAUUCUCCUCCGAACAGUGAUCUCACCUACUCCAUCUUUACCGGCGACGACGCUACUGCAAAGUUCGUCAUCGCGGGCAUCGUCGUUUCCACGUCGACCACCCCCUUAGACUUUGAGAGUAAAUCUGACUACACGCUAGUAGUUUAUGCCGUGGACAAUCCAGCGCCGGGGACACCUCGGACAGGGACGGUCUCAUUCUACAUCAAGAGUGUCAGAAAGGCUGUGAUCCCGGUGGAGAACCUCCUGACCUGCGCCAAGAGAUCAGAAGACGCUGGGACCACUAUAGCCGGCGACCUGGCACUGGAUACAUCCACAGGGAAACUCACGACGGCUACGACACUGGAUAGAGAAAGUGUCACAUCCUACACAGUGGUUGUCAUGGCGACGGACGGUGGGACAACACCAAGAUCUGUUCAAGACACCCUUACCAUCAACAUCGUCGACUUCAACGACAACGCCCCUGUCUUCACUGCCAGCUCUCUUACCGGAUCAAUACCUGAGGAUUCACCUGCGGGAACGUCUAUCUUAACGCUGAACGCUUCUGACGCUGACGCAACGUCAACGUUGACAUUUUCAGUCGCGAGUGGUGACGUUGUACCGCCUAAGUUUGAGUUCAGCAGCACAACGAAUGGACAGCUUCAGCUAUCCAGUCCGAUAGAUCUCGACCAACCGACAAAUGACGCUGGCUACUACACCCUUACGGUCAUCGUGACAGAUGGAGGGGCGCCGGAGUUGACAGGGACGACGUAUGUCACUGUCACCGUCACUGCCGUCAACCAGCACCCACCUGUUUUGCACACACCAUCUCCGUCUUCCACUGUCUAUAUGAUGAACCAUUGA